CGAAACAUUCCGGCUUUAGGUUCAUCUUUCGGCCUCUGGGACCCAUUGGAGAUUAGCCCUUCACGAACUAGGAAACACGAGGGCGUGUUACGCAGUCCUUACGCUAAUUGUCCGGGGACUUUGCAAGUUCCUAGCGGCGGAAGAAGAUCAGUCUUUCCUUCUUCGAUUUGCGGUGGGGGAGCAAAAAGAGCGGACAUCUGGCAAAGUGUUGUGAUUGGCGAAGGCAAAAGGGCGGGGCCGGGGAACCUUUGGCGGGUCUCCGGCGCCGCGCUACCGUUCAGUCCCCGCAGGGCGCUGAUUGGAUCCCCAGGUUGCUUACAUCACCGCAGGAGGCGGGGCCCUCCCCAAUAAAUCCUGAAAGCCGGGGCUGAGGCUGCAGUAACUUUAGCUGCAGUUUACGCUUGCUUCUCUGAGAAGAGGUGGAGAUCGCGAGUCGAGUCUUGCAGAGGACGUCGUCGCUGUCGCAGCGUCUUGCGCCCGCUGCCUCCGCUGCCACCCCCUAGGAGGAAACGGACCCCUCCACGCCCUCUCCACCAGAGAGAUGUCUGCUCCAGCACAGCCACCUACACCAGGGGCCCCAGAAGGGGGUGCCCCAGGAGGGGGGCCACCUCCAAACACAACUAGUAACAGGCGGCUGCAGCAAACACAGGCACAAGUGGAGGAGGUGGUGGAUAUCAUGCGUGUGAAUGUGGAUAAGGUUCUGGAAAGGGAUCAGAAGCUGUCUGAAUUGGAUGACCGUGCAGACGCCUUGCAGGCAGGAGCAUCACAGUUUGAGAGUAGUGCUGCCAAGCUAAAGAGGAAGUACUGGUGGAAAAAUUGUAAGAUGAUGAUCAUGCUGGGAGCCAUUUGUGCCAUCAUCGUGGUAAUUAUUGUAAUCUAUUUUUUUACUUAAUGUACUCCCCCCCUUCAUUCCCCACCCCCAUCAGAACUCAUGCCCCUUUCCCACUGUUCAUUCCCCCAGCAGACCCAGUCCAUCCACUUUGUCCUUACCCAGGCUCCUUCAUUUCCUCUUCUUUAGUUGCUUUGGUUUGUACUUAAACCUCCCAGCACUGGACAUGAUGCUCUUGGGGUGGCUGCAUUUUCACCCCAUGAAGCACAAGUAGCCAGUGUUUGGCCUGUCCCCUUCAGAAAACACCUGUGCCCAAACCACAGGAAGUGGAGUGGAGGUCAAGGGAAAAGCAGGUCAGCCAAGAUCCAGUCUGGAGGAAGCUGCCCAGGUGGGAGCAGGGGCUGCAGGGACACAGGGACACAGUGUGAGGAUUAGUGAAAAGGUAGGGAAAUGGCAGUCUCCUCAUAGCCACCCUCUCCCUGCCUCCUGUUUCGGCCUUUUAAUGGGCAGUGUUACAGGGUGGGGGAAACCUGACCUGCACAAUGACCAUCCUGGGCUAUCAGAAAUCCCAGGAUGGAUUUUGAUCGUGCAUCAGUAUAGCUUUACUGUGAAAGAGAUUUGGGGGUUGGGGGCAAUGAUGUGCAGGGUCUGGUCCUUACUUUUAUAAUUAAGUACAAUACUCACAAGUCUAGGAGACCUUGAGUUGUGUCCACUCCCAGUGUGUUCCUGGUGCACUGUGUUUCUAGAAGAUUUCCCUCCCUCUCUUGCUGCUGCUGCUGCUGCUGCUGCUGCUUGGAGUCUGGCCCAGGAUCUGCCAGUGUUUCUGGUGCUGCCAUUCUGUUUACCACAGAAUUGGUGGGUUUGGACACUUUUCCCUUUGACUUAGAAAACAUUGGGGCACUAUUUUGCUCACUGUCUGCUCCCCAUUUAGAAGUGGAACCUAGAGGCUAAUAAGAUGUCAGGCCAACUCUUAGUAGACAAGUCUGAUAGUGUGUGAAGGGCCCAAAAAUAUUCUUUGCAGUCAGAAUUUGGGAUUGUUGGUUAAUCUUAACUGACCUUAGCUGAGGGUAAGGUGAAGUAAGGAACCUCAUUCAAGAGUAACAAGUUGGGGGCAGCUAGGUGGCGCAGUGGAUAGAGUAUUGGUCCUGGAUUCAGGAGGAUCUGAGUUCAAAUGCAGCCUCAGACACUUGACACGAACUAGCAGUGUGACCCUGGGCAAGUCACUUAAC